AUGCCCAAGGAAAUUGUCUGCGGUAGUUCCAGGCUCAUUGAUCGCCUAGGCGAAAAGAACGCCAACUGGCAGCUCAAGGCUCUUCUUCGCCAACAUCUCCCCAACCCCUCACGCUAUGAUCGUGUACCUGAUCCUCAGAAGCCUCAUGCCAUGUGCUAUCUGGCAGAUGAAGCGCAGCUAGUAGACGGCAAGCUCCUAACCAGCGAGCUCAUCGCUUUGCUUGUUGUUGCAGCCGACACAGCCCUCAAAGCGGCCUGGCAAAAGCAAAAGAUCAUUCCGGUACGAGAUGGAAUUUGA